GAGGGGAGAAAGAAACCAGGUCCUCAAGAGGCAAUGAUCUUAUAUCUGAGGCGUGGAAAAGGUGUUUGUUAGAACUCUAAAUGGAUAGAAAAACCCACCGUCGCCGGACGAUACACUCCCAGAGAAAAGAACGACUGCCACCCACACGGACAAAUUCGCCUAACAACUCUCACAAACGGAUGGCAACACAAGCAACACGACAUCAGGAUUUGCCCACGCCUACGUCCUGCGAUCUGGCCAGAUACAGGACAAGUCCUUCGCAUUGAAACAAACAUGCUCAAACAUUCAAGAAUGAACGACGAAAGACCAGAACAAGGAGGAAAGGAGG